AUGGCUGUUGUUAAGGAUCAUUCAACUGAAAAACGUCGUCAAUCGCUAUGGGAUUUCACUAAGCAAUUCCCUGACAGUAUUACUGUUGAGAGAUGGUUGUAUCAAGAAAAGGUUUAUGUGCAAUCCAUGAAGUGCAAGGCUGGAUACAACAUGAGCAUGAUCGAGAUUAGCAAGAAUGGGCAUCCCCAACUCGUGUGGAAAUGCACCCAUAGACCCUGUGAAGAUUGCAAUCGGCAGCAGAAGUCACUUCGUGAAGGCAGCUUUUUCUCUGGCCUCAAGAUUGGUAUGCAUCAAGUGCUUGGGAUCAUUUGGCUUUACCUUUAUAAGGUCGAGAUGAAGGGUAUUAGGGAUUUGACUGGUGCUAGUGCUCCAACUGUGCGCACAGUCAUCCACCUGCUUUAUAGAUUGAUGAACGCCGAUAUCAAGGAUGAAUAUAUGACUAUCGGUGGAAAGGAUAGUGAUGGGAAUUCCAUUAUUGUUGAGGUGGAUGAAUCAAAAUUCGGAAAACGCAAGAGUCAUCGAGGCCAUCGUGUUGAAGGUGUUUGGGUUGUUGGGGGCGUUGAGAAAACUCCUGAGCGCAAGUUGUUCUUGACCACUGUCGAAGACCGCAAGAAGGAUACACUCCAUUUGAUCUUGGGAAACUACAUCAAGGCAGGUAGUGAAAUCCGUACCGAUUGCUGGAAAGGAUACUGUGGUUUGUCGCGUUUGUCUGGUAAGCAGUACCGUCAUAUGACUGUGAACCAUGCAAAGGAGUUCAAAACCGUGACUGGUGUGCAUACCAAUACCAUUGAAGGUACAUGGAAUGGCAUCAAGUCCCUUAUUCGCACCCGCCAUCGUACAGCUCCAACAAUGAAGUACCGCCUUGCUGAGUUUAUCUUCCGGCGCAAGCACGCAAAUGACCUUUGGGGUGGUGUUGUCAAGGCAUUAAAGGAGGUAUCUUUUGACAAGUUUGCUGCACAAGAUGAUGUAGAUGAGGAAUUCAUUUACACAGAAGUGCGUCGUGAAUGUGCCGAUUUGGAUCACGAUGAUUCGGAGUUUGGAGAUGAAGAUGGAUGGGAGACUGAAACUAAGAAGGAUGUGUCAAAUGAAAGGAAGGAGUGUGCCAAUAUAGCCAAGAAGGACAUGUCAAGUCAUGACAGUGAGCAUGAAGAUGAUGAGCAAGAUGGCAGUUAUAGGCUAGUCAACCGUAAAAGAAAGCAACGUCGUAACUAG